AUAAUGCAAAUACGAAAAAGCCGAAUCCGGUUCGAACAUAAAGAAUUAUCAUCAGCCCACAGAUUCUUCACAUUUCAAAACCCCAUUAUUUCUGUGUGUUGGUCGUUGGAGAUUUGACUAAAAAAAAAAGGAAGCGUUCCCUCCACGCGCCGCCCACGAGCCUAUAAAUACAACCACCAACCCACACAAUCCUCAUUGCAAUUUCCACCGUCAAUAUGCAGACUCUGCAACAGAAAGCUUCCGAAUGGAGCGGCGUUAAGCAGGAAGACGCCUUUGCUAUUGACCAAGUUAAUCUUUUUGACAAAUUAGGGCUCCAACCUUUCAUCAAUCUAUCUACUGAUUUUUACACAAGGGUUUAUGAUGAUCAAGAAGAGUGGUUUAGGUCUAUUUUUGCCGAUUCGAAGAAGGAAGAUGCAAUUCAGAAUCAAUAUGAGUUUUUUGUGCAAAGAAUGGGAGGGCCUCCUUUGUACUCCCAAAGGAAAGGUCACCCUGCUUUGAUAGGCCGCCACCGCCCUUUUCCAGUGACUCAUAAGGCGGCAGAGAGGUGGCUACACCACAUGCAACAAGCGUUAGAUAACGCCACUGACAUUGAUCAAGAAUCAAAAACCAGAAUGCUAAAUUUCUUUAGUGUUUUUGGAUGUGUUUGUAGGCAUACUGCAUACUUUUUGGUGGCUGGAAAUGAUCUAAAAAAUGAAAGCCAAGGACCUCCACCUUGUAAGCAUGGAAAUAACGAACCAGCUGCAGAUUAAUUUUUUUUUUUUUUUUUUUUGGGUUCAGAAAAGAAGUGAUUUAAACAGAUUUGUUACCCAAAAGGGACACAAAUGCAUGUACCUUCUUCAAUUAUAGAUUUGAAUGAUAAUUGGUCUUUUCUUCAUGUA